GAAUCAAAACCAGCUGCUUUAUAAUCAGCGCAGAUGCAGGAGGAGGAGGACACUCUGGAGAGUGGAGGAAGUGGUGGUCGCGGUGGGUCCCGCUCUCACUUGUGGUGGGCCGGGGCCAGCGCGGCCCAGUUGGGUUGGGCCGUGGUUUCGUCCCGGGGAGGUUGCGCCGGAAAUUCCACGACGAUGCCUUUCAAGGCCUUUGCCGUUGCGUCCCUCUACGUCGGCUCCAUCGCCACCGCGGGCGUCGCUGGCCUGCAAGCCUCUGGAAUCCGCAAGGUGGAGGAUCUAGUAGAGCUGGGUGCAAACAUAAGAACUGGACUUGGGGUACCUCAGAGGACAAGAGACGAAUAACCUUUCAUUGUUUGGUUGUAAUAAUUUUAUGUUUCGAAUUCAAUUUCAAUUUUAUUAUAUAAAACCAACACCUUUAUGUUGGAUUCUCAUCUUGAAAAUAUAUAUUUUUUUUUUCA